AUGAGAUUCCAACCACCACGCUUCAUCAGUCGCCCAAGGGCAAAUGAUGCUGCUGUGCAUCAACAAGAGCAGGAGGAUUUGGAGAAGAAGAAUGCACCCGAGGUCUCUUCGGCGGCAGCUUCUGAACUCAACCACCCCGUGCCCGAAGAGGAAGGUGUUCAAAGAAUUGAAGCGUUGACAUCGUCAUGGACCUGGCGGGAGCUGAUCCUGACCUAUCUCGCUAUCUAUCUCUUCUUUUUCAUCCAUGACUUGCAACAGUCGAUCGUCGGCACUUGCGCCCCCUACAUCGCCAGUGCGCUUGGAGACCAUCAUUCUCUGGUCGCUGCUAUCCAAAUUGCUGCCCUCAUCAUCGGGGGUGUUGUCAGCUUCCCAAUUGCUCGAGUCCUCGACAUUUGGGGCCGUCUGCCGGGCUUCGUGAUGCUCUUCAUUCUUACCGAGGUUGGCAUGAUUAUGAUGGCCGGUGCCCUAACCAUUCAGACAUAUGCUGCUGCACAGGUCUUCUACUGGAUCGGACAGAAUGGAACAUCCUUAUCCCUGCAAGUCUUCCUGGCAGACACUAGCACGCUGAAGAAUCGUGCAAUUGUCUAUGCUUUCACCACCAGCCCUUACAUUAUGACCCAAUUCGUUGGUCCCCUUGCCGCGACCAACUUCCUGACCAAGUACGGACCGAGCGGCAUUCGAUGGGGCUACGGUACAUUCUGCAUUGUCUAUCCAUUUGCUGCUGCUCCCGUGAUUGGCACACUCUGGUACCACAUGCGCCAGACUGAGAAGAAGGGUCUCAUGCCCAAGAGAGAGAGCGGACGUACCUGGAUGGAGUCCGUCAAGCACUACGUGAUUGAAUUCGAUGUCGUGGGAAUGAUCCUGAUCUGCGCUGGAUUCGUUCUCUUCCUCCUUCCCUUUAGCUUGGCUGGCGACGAAGCCGGCAAAUGGAACAACGGCUCAAUCAUUGCCAUGAUUGUCGUUGGUGGAUGUCUGCUCAUCAUUUUCCCAUUUUACGAAAAGUUCUUUGCACCGCACAUGUUGCUGCCAUGGGAGUUGCUCAAGAACCGAAACGUUUGGUCCACCUGCAUUGUCGCUGGCACUCUCUUUGUCAGCUUCUAUUGUUGGGACGCGUAUUUCUACUCGUACCUCCAGGUUGUCUUUCAGCAAACUAUCCAGAAUGCUUCGUACAUUAGCAGCACCUACACUGUGGGUUCAUGCUUUGUCGCCUUCAUUGUCGGAGCUCUCAUUCACGUCUCAAACUACUUCAAGUGGAUUGCACUUUUCGCUAUCCCCCUUCAAAUUCUUGGUACCGGACUCAUGAUUCACUUCCGGCAGCCUGACCAACACAUUGGUUACGUCGUUAUGUGCCAGAUUUUCAUUGCCUUUUCUGGCGGUGCUAUGAGUCUGCUUGACGAAAUUUCUGUCAUGGCCGGCACUUCUCACGACAAGGUCGCCAUUGUGCUUGCCCUGCUCAAUGUCGCUACUCAAGUCGGCGGCGCCAUCGGUCUCUCCAUCUCUGGCGCCAUCUGGACAAACUCGAUGCCCGAAGCCCUCAUGAAAUUCCUGCCCGCGGAUGCUCAAAAGGACUUUGCUUCCAUUUACGGCAGCAUCACCACCCAGCUUAGCUACCCCAUGGGCUCGCCCGUUCGCGUAGCCAUCAUCAAGUCUUAUGCCUUGGCUCAGCGCAGAAUGACGAUUGCCGCUACCUGCGUCUUGGUCCUUGCCCUUUUCGGUGUCCUCAUGUGGCGCAACAUUAAUAUUUCCAGAGUCCACCAGACCAAGGGCACCGUCUUUUAA